CUCGGGGUGCCAGAGGCAGCGCCCUGGGAUCCGGCGGCAGGUGGCGACGGCUUGCUCUGCACCCCUUCUUUGUGAGAAGAGCAGGGAAAUGGCCGAGGUCGGAAGCAGCGAGCAGUUUGGGGCGCUUCUCAAAGUUCUCCAGCCGGCGGGUGCCUACCGGAGGCUGGGGCCCGCACCUCUGGUCCCGCUCCGCCGCUUUUACCCUGUGAGCUCUGGGGGGAAAGGCCGCCAAGGGACCGCGGGAGGCCAGCGCCCCUGGGAGGGGGUCGACAGACUCACUUUGUGUGGUGUUUACACUGGGGACAGACAGGGUGCGGAAGGGACCGGGUAGAGAAGUUAGUUACCUGGAAUCAACUGAAUUCCUGCACUUGCUUAGUGUUGACAUUUGAAUCAAGUCCAAGAUGUCCUGCUUUUUCUUUUUUUUUUUUUAUCCCGGGCAGCCGUGACAUGUCAGCAACAGGCGGAGGUUCCGGACCUGGAAUCUUAUAGCAAAGGCUCCGCUGUAUUUCUUGAGAGAGGGUGUCUGAACUUCCUCAGGAUCCGGGGCACAAAGCGAUCUGUUUAUGAGAUCUGGCAAGGGUUGCUGUACGGGGUCACUGCACUGAGUCCAAGCUGGUGUGCACAGUCUGCGCGGUGGCCGCCCCGGAGUCACCAUGGCGGCGGGAGUGGCAGCCUGGCUGCCUUUUGCGAGGGCUGCGGCCAUCGGGUGGAUGCCAGUGGCCAACUGCCCCAUGCCCCUGGCCCCGACCGACAAGAACAAGCGUCAGGACGAGCUGAUCGUGCUCAACGUGAGCGGGCGAAGGUUCGAGACCUGGCGGACCACGCUGGAGCGCUACCCGGACACGCUGCUGGGCAGCACAGAGAAGGAGUUCUUCUUCAACGAGGACACCAAGGAGUACUUCUUUGACCGGGACCCCGAGGUGUUCCGCUGCGUGCUCAACUUCUACCGCACCGGGAAGCUGCACUACCCGCGCUACGAGUGCAUCUCGGCCUACGACGAUGAGCUGGCCUUCUACGGCAUCCUCCCCGAGAUCAUCGGCGACUGCUGCUACGAGGAGUACAAGGACCGCAAGCGGGAGAACGCCGAGCGGCUGCAGGACGACCUCGACUCGGAGAACAACCAGGAGUCCAUGCCCUCGCUCAGCUUCCGCCAGACCAUGUGGCGCGCCUUCGAGAACCCGCACACCAGCACAAUGGCCUUGGUCUUCUACUACGUGACUGGCUUCUUCAUCGCCGUCUCGGUCAUCACCAACGUGGUGGAGACGGUGCCGUGCGGCACGGUGCCCGGGAGCAAGGAGCUGCCGUGUGGCGAGCGCUACUCGGUGGCCUUCUUUUGCCUGGACACGGCGUGUGUCAUGAUCUUCACUGUGGAGUACCUCCUCCGGCUCUUCGCCGCGCCCAGCCGCUACCGCUUCAUCCGCAGCGUGAUGAGCAUCAUCGACGUGGUGGCCAUCAUGCCCUACUACAUCGGCCUGGUCAUGACCAACAACGAGGACGUGUCGGGCGCCUUCGUCACGCUGCGGGUCUUCCGCGUCUUCCGGAUCUUCAAGUUCUCCAGACACUCGCAGGGCCUGCGGAUCCUGGGCUACACGCUCAAGAGCUGUGCCUCCGAACUCGGCUUUCUCCUCUUCUCCCUCACCAUGGCCAUCAUCAUCUUUGCCACUGUGAUGUUCUACGCCGAGAAGGGCUCCUCUGCCAGCAAGUUCACGAGCAUCCCUGCCUCCUUUUGGUACACCAUUGUCACCAUGACGACACUGGGCUACGGGGACAUGGUGCCCAAGACGAUCGCCGGGAAGAUCUUCGGGUCCAUCUGCUCCCUGAGCGGCGUCCUGGUCAUCGCCCUGCCGGUGCCCGUGAUCGUCUCCAACUUCAGCCGGAUCUACCACCAGAACCAGAGAGCGGACAAGCGCAGGGCGCAGAAGAAGGCCCGCCUUGCCAGGAUCCGUGUGGCCAAGACAGGCAGCUCCAAUGCCUACCUGCACAGCAAGCGCAACGGGCUCCUCAACGAGGCUCUGGAACUGAUGGGCACCCCGGAGGAGGAGCAUGUGGGCAAGACCACCUCGCUCAUCGAGAGCCAGCACCACCACCUGCUGCACUGCCUGGAGAAAACCACUGGGUUGUCCUAUCUUGUGGAUGAUCCCCUGUUGUCUGUACGAACGUCCACCAUCAAGAACCACGAGUUCAUAGACGAGCAGAUGUAUGAGCAGAACUGCCUGGAGAGCUCGAUGCAGAACUACCCGUCCACGAGAAGCCCCUCGCUGUCCAGCCACCAGGGCCUCACGACCACCUGCUGCUCCCGUCGCAGUAAGAAGACCACACACCUGCCCAACUCCAACCUGCCGGCCACCCGCCUGCGCAGCAUGCAGGAGCUCAGCACCAUCCACAUCCAGGGCAGCGAGCAGCCCUCCCUCACCACCAGUCGCUCCAGCCUUAAUCUGAAAGCAGACGACGGACUGAGACCAAACUGCAAAACGUCCCAGAUCACCACAGCCAUCAUCAGCAUCCCCACUCCCCCAGCGCUAACCCCCGAGGGGGAGAGCCGGCCACCCCCUGCCAGCCCCGGCCCCAACACGAACAUUCCUGCCAUAGCCAGCAACGUCGUCAAGGUCUCCGCCUUGUAAAACCACCGGACACAGGGCCAUGUGGGCAGUGGGAGUGAAGCGGCUGGCAUGUUGGUGGAUGGCCACCGGACCAUCCCGUCCCCUUCUCCCUGCCCCCUCCCCAGCACCGAAACUCAUGCCUGGGAGGAACAAGAGCAGCAGAGGGGCCCCAAGGUUCACUGGCGUGGACACAGCCCUGUGGUCCUGCCUCCCAGGGGCCAGAGGAAGGGAGGGUAGGGGAUGGGAAGUGGGGGCAGAGGCUGCCGCAUGCCGGGUCAGGGCCUGGAGGGGGAGCCUCAGACCAAAUAGCAGUUGCUUCUGGAGACCCCAGUGAGGAAAACAGGAGACCGAGAGCAGCAUAGAGGCCCAACUGACACAUGCAAAACAGGAAGAAAAUAUAACACUGUGUAUCUAAGCACCUUUUCAAGGCUCUUAAUGGAUAAUAUUUAUUCAGGGGAAAAGGUGGAAAACAAAAACACCAACGGAUUUUUGUGCACCGUUUUUCUCCAUGGACCCAGUACCUUUGAACCAAAACAACGCAUUUUGUGAGGUUUGGUUUUGUGUGUGUGUGUUUUUUCCUCCUUUUAUAGCAAAAGCUUUUAGGCUAAGCAGCCAGUUACUGCUGAGUUGUCUCUCCAUCCCCCCAGGUGGGUGAGGUCAGCGGAGCCUGGCCCCCAUUGCCCUGCCGACCUGCAGAGCUGCCAUGACCACACAGCAACACGUCCCCUGUCUGUCCGUCCCCUCUGUCUCCGUCUCUCUCUGCUUCACCCCUGGCUGUUUGUCCGUUGUCCAGCGUCUGUGUCUACAUGGACCCUGGUGGCCCCGAGACAUGCCAGGGAAGCCUCCCCAUGCAGGCACCUGCAGCUGAGUGCCUGGAAGUGGUGCGUGUGGAUGCAGCUGGGGAAGAGGGAGGAGGGAAGCCCCUGCAAGAACCCAGUGCUCCCCUGGAGGCGGGACCACGGGUGUCCCCGUUUCCAUGUCUGGCUUAGAAGGAGAAUGACCAGAUCUAUCACACUGGGAUAUUGAACACGGAAUCAACCUGCGCAUGGCACAUGCCAGUGGAGAAGACAGAAGAGCCAGGGCUCGCCGCCGCCCAUGGCUCCCACCAUCAAGCCCACCCACAGCUACGCCAGAGGCCACUUCCCUGCAGAGGGCGGCGGUGCAAGGACCACAGGCUGCACCAACGUGCGAAAGGAAGAUUCUCGAUGAUCCUUACCUGGUCUGAAAGGUGUCCUGAGUUCUGAAGUCUUCAGGCCUAAUGUCCCUGGAGACCCCCAGAGUGGGGGCGCUUCGUGCAGGUGAGGGGGUGAAGAUUAUUCCUGGGAACCUGGGCGCUUCUGUUCCGGUGGCUCUGCAGUCCUCUCCGCUUGCACUGCUGAUAGCAGACCCCGACCCCCAGCGGCCCUACUGCAGCCCUCUCGCCUGCGCGCUGAGAUCCAGCAGCUCUCAGGAGCUCCGUGGCCACUCUCCAGCUGAGUGACUAGCUGUGUAACUAGGCCAGGAAUCUGCCCACCACGGCCGUGUAGGUGCGUUUCACCGGCCAGGAGCCUGAGAACACCUUGGGUGGGCUUCCCUGUGAACCCUGCUCUAGUGACCCUGUACAGCAGGGAAGACAGAGGGCUAGGGUGGCCCCUAACUGGAAGGGGGGCCGAGGAGAGGGAGCCUCCCACCUUUAUCUCCUUUGCUAACCUCAUCGACCAGAUUUCCCCCGAACACGAGAAUGGGUGGUGCUGGCCCUCUGAGCUUACGGCUGAAAAGCUUUUCAACAGGAAUUCGUGUACACACCCACCCGGAACACACCUGAGAAUAAGUACGCAAGUCCAUCGCUUCACACACGAGGGCAGGCAGAGGGCCUGGCUGGGCUCCGUUCAGAGAGCAGGCAGAGGACCAGAAAAGGAAGUUUUCUUUUGAAAGAAUGGACAAUGGAACAGAGCUAGGAAUGUCUAGAUAUCCAAGUUUACAUCCUGGGAACUGAGAGGGAUACGGGAUCAAGACGCAAAUAAGAACACUUGCUUACACAGUCACACUGCCGGCGUGUGAGAAAGGUCCUCCCAGGGCCAGAGCAACGCCUCACCCAACCCAGGAUGUCCCAUCCUGCACGGGGAGCACACUGUGUCCCCACAAAUUAACACGCCAAUUGUAAUCACCACAUCCCAGAUGACUUCCCAUUUCUGAUCCUAAUGAACUCGAUGCUUGUAUUCCUCCAGCUUCAUCUCCAAGCCCCGCACUCGGCCAGUUCCUAGAACCGGCAGCUUAGACUCUCCCUUUGCCCUGCCCGGCGGGGUGGCCUUCGCCAGGAGACCCGCUUGCCUCUGGUCCAAGGACGCCGCCAUCCAACCGAGGAAGUGGCUCAUCUACUCUUACAGAGUCCAGCCAGACCGCGCUGCUGCGUCUGGACGGAAACGGAAACGAGGCCAGUGUGCUGAGCGGCCUCGUCGGUCCCGCGCACUGGCCCGUGACCGGAGAACCAGAUGUCAGGGUCUUCCGUGCAAUGGCUUUCUGGUGCAAUGGCCUUGAGCUUCCAUCGCUCAUCGAUCACUUCAGCAUAGUAGGACCCCGAACCACCUGCCCCACUCAGCAUUCAAGAGGUUAAAAAGAAGCCAACCAAUAGGCCACAUUCAGAUGCAUGGAAACCUGGGAAAUAAAGUACUGAGAGCCUAUCAGAACUAGAGGAGGCUAAAGACGCUUCUGUAGGUCAGAGAAAGCUGAAGCCCAGGGGAAUUAAAUGACUUGCUCCAGGUCAUGCAGUCACUUAAUGUCAGAGCUGGGACCAGAGCACAGGUCCCUCGGCUGUCCGUCCAUCCAGUGCUUUUCCCCACUGCCUGGCAGAGCAGCGAUGCCUUGAGAAGAGCCAUCAGAGAGUAAUGCUGUAACGACAGGCCUGACCUUACGCAGAUGUCAGCACUGCAUGGACACAGCCCUCAGAAAGCACCGGACUCUGCUACUACAAACCAGCCCCUGGACACCACCACUCCCUGGGCAGAGCUGGCCCGGACAGUCGACUCUGAGAAGCAGGUGUUUGUCAAAUGCUCUCUUCCCAGUGCAGAGCGGGCAUGGACAUUUCAGCGCCUACCUGCGGGGUCCUCUGGUCCCGACUGCGACCUCUGGUGUAGGUCAGGCACUAAAUCCUGGAUGGGCAGGAAGAAGCUGAGUGACCUCCGCGUUCACACGGCACAACUGUGACUGAAGCCAGGGCUCUGUCCUCCACGUCACGUUGCAUUACUUGGAGGCUUGCUUAUAUUUUUAGCACCUGGAUGUCAAGGGUGGUGAUUACACGUGAGCAGACAUUCCAUUCAGAACCACCCUGAGCCAGGACCGCCCCUCCCCCCUCUUUCGUCCCCUAUUUUCAUAACUAAUGUUGAGCUCAGGACUAACUGCAUAGAAUCCUGUUGACAAGGCCAGACAUGCUCAGUGACAGUUGAACACAACUGUCUACAAUCACACAGGAGUAUAAGGCCAGCAAGUAGAAAGUGAAAUUAAGAAAAAGAACCUGAACAGAAUGUAAAGUGGACAGAUUGUGCUCAUCUAUACUAACAAAAAGUCAACUUGUGGACAUGCUGAGGACUUUACCCAGUUUUCAAACUAGGAUUCCCACAGUUCAGGAUCAUGUCACUUACUAGAAUACAAGCAGGGGAAGUGUCCAUUAAAACAUGUACCAGGAUUUUGUUCCUUUUUAAAAAAAAAACAAUCUGCACAGGUAAUCACUGAAAUUGAACUAAACUUAGAUCUUGGGGUUAUGAAUCAAUUCCAGUGGUCCAGACACCCUUACUGCAACUACCAGGUAACUAACUGCAAGGCAGAAAACUCAGUGCUGGGAUCUUAGAUUACUAAGGCGGUAUCAUUUGCGAAGCUUUAAAACGACUGGAUGAAAGAGAAAUUGUUACCCUCGGAGCCCAAACAGCAUCAUGAAAAGCAUCAUUCGAAUGAACAGAAAGUGGUUAUCAGCAAAAGAAACAGCUGAAGGGGUUCCUUUUCAGUCUUGUUUUCUAUUUAGAAUGUUCUAUGUUCUUUUCAUCAUGUGUGGGAUGACAUCUGUCUUAGCAGGUUACUUAACUACACUGGAUGAUGUCACUCCAACCAGGGCAGGGCACCGACUCAAGUCCUGGGGCUCCUUGGACCAACAGACUAUUUUGCAAACCUGGGAGGUGGGAGGGAUGGUAUAUUUUUGAUAACCAGACAUUCCAAUGUAAUGUUUUCCUUAGCAGUCACUCCCCCCCCCCGCCACCAAUUAAUGUUAUCGUGAAAAAUAUCAAGUGUGUUCUUUUCUAUUUUCGUAUAAUAAAUGGGCUUUGCUUACCAACAUCACAAUGGCAAAGAAGAACUACUGUACAAAACUGCAGGAAGAUAAACAUGUGAAAACUUUCUAUGGAAAAAAAAAGAGAAAAAAGUACUGAGUUUCCUGUCGUCUUCUUUUGAAACUGUAGUGCGUAUGUUACAACGUGUAUCAUUUACAGUAUUGAGUCACGUGCCACUGCUGUACCGGAUGUAUCCAAUCUGGAUUAAACUAUGUGCCACAAACCCUAAAA